AUGAGGAAGGACAGUUCCCCUAGCCUUCCUGUAGAUGAGGAAGGACAGUUCCCUAGCCUUCCUGUAGAUGAGGAAGGACAGUUCCCUAGCCAUUCUGUAGAUGAAGGACAGUUCCCUAGCCUUCCUGUAGAUGAGGAAGGACAGUUCCCUAGCUGUCCUGUAGAUGAGGAAGGACAGUUCCCUAGCCUUCCUGUAGAUGAGGAAGGACAGUUCCCUAGCCUUCCUGUAGAUGAGGAAGGACAGUUCCCUAGCCUUCCUGUAGAUGAGGAAGGACAGUUCCCUAGCCUUCCUGUAGAUGAGGAAGGACAAAUCCCUAGCCUUCUUGUAGAUGAGGAAGGACAGUCCCUAGCCUUCCUCCUUCCUAUAGCUAAGGAAGGACAAAUCCCUAGCCUUCCUGUAGACAAGGAAGAACAGUUCCCCUGCCUUCCUGUAGAUGAGGAAGGACAGUUCCCUAGCCUUCCUGUAGACAAGGAAGGACAGUUCCCUAGCCUUCUUGAAGAUGAGGAAGGACAGUUCUUUAGCCUUCCUUUAGAUGAGGAAGAACAGUUCCAUAGCCUUCGUUUAGAUGAGGAAGAACAGUUCCCUAGCCUUCAUGUAGAUGAGGAAGGACAGUUCCCCUGUCUUCCUGUAGAUGAGGAAGGACAGUUCCCUAGCCUUCCUGCAGAUGAGGAAGAACAAUUCCCUAGCCUUCUUGUAGAUGAGGAAAGACAGUUCCCUAGCCCUAGCCUUCCUGUAGAUGAGGAAGGACCCUUCCCUAGCCAUUCUGUAGCUGAAGAAGGACAGUUUUUUAGACUUCCUGUAGAUGAGGAAGGACAGUUCCCUAGCCUUCCUGUAGAUGAGGAAGGACAGUUCCCUAGCCUUCCUGUAGAUGAGGAAGGACAGUUCCCUAGCCUUCCUGUAGAUGAGGAAGGACAGUUCCCUAGCCUUCCUGUAGAUGAGGAAGGACAGUUCCCUAGCCUUCCUGUAGAUGAGGAAGGACAGUUCCCUAGCCUUCCUGUAGAUGAGGAAGGACAGUUCCCUAGCCUUCUUGUAGAUGAGGAAGGACAGUUCCCUAGCCUUCCUGUAGAUGAGGAAGGACAGUUCCCUAGCCUUCCUGUAGAUGAGGAAGGACAAAUCCCUAGCCUUAUUGUAGAUGAGGAAGGACAGUUCCCUAGCCUUCCUGUAGACAAGGAAGGACAGUUCCACCGCCUUCCUGUAGAUGAGGAAGGAUAG